CCCUGCGUUAUUUUGUCAGACAUCCAUUCCUAGAGUAGAAACCGUCAUUAAAGCAUGAAGGGUGUAGUAUUUCUCGUUUUAAUUCCACUGUGCUUUUCAAUCCCUGUUAAGCGACAACUCUUCUCUCCUUCCGGUGCUCCGGGAUUUGACCCAAAUCACAUGGCCGCUGGAAAUUAUGACCCAAAUUCCCAUAGUUAUGGGGGAUCUGCAUUUAACCCCAACUCCAUGAGUGCCGGAAGUUUUAACCCUGGAGGCAUGUCUAACACCCAGACUGGAGUAAGCAGUGGGGGACAAGUCGGAAGUUUCCAACCAAGUGCGGGUGGAACAGGAAGUUUCCAACCUAGUGCUGGUGGGACCGGAAAUUUCCAACCAAGUUCCGGUGGAACUGGUAGCUUUAAUCCAAAUUCAAUGGCUGCUGGAAACUUUGAUCCAAACUCACAGCCUGCUGGAAACUUUGACCCUAACACUUUUGGAAGAAAGUAAACUUGACCACAAGUUUUAGAUGAUAAUUU